AUGGCGACGCGAAACAUUAACAUGACGCACGCGACGAGGCCGUCCAUGUCGUCCAGCUCGGGCAACGCGAUGAAGACGCGGCAGCUAACGCACCUCCAUUCGCAGCUCGCCCAGCUGUCAGCCAACCUCGCCGACACCGAAAACCUGGUACGUAUGACGAGCGUGCAGGCUGAAAGCAUGCGUGGUCUAGGGGCGUGGCACGGCGGCAUGUUCAUGGCUGCGAGCAAGGUCCUCGGGGAGGAGGCUAUCAAUCGUGACGCAGCAGCGCAGGCGAGAGGCGGUCAGUGA